AUGGAUGCUAUGAGCCGCGCUUUACGAAGAGCCGCUCAGUCACCUUUCUCCAACGAGAUUGAACGGGCCCCUAUGUCGAGCAGAUUUACACGACUACCAUUUAACUCUUACGAUGGGAAAACAGACUCAAUAGAGCACAUCAGUCAUUAUAUCCACAUGAUGUCUUUGCACACACACAACGAUGCACUGAUGUGUAAGGUGUUUCCCUCGAGUCUCGGCCCCACAGUGUUGAGAUGGCUUAAUGGAUUGGGAAAAGGUUUUGCUCACAGUUUUGCCAAGCUAAUCCAGGAAUUCGAUGCUAGGUUUGUGACAUGCAGCUGGGUGCCACAACUGGUGGAUGCAUUACUAUCCACAAAGAUGAGGGUCGGCGAAACCCUUCGGAGUUAUGCUAGUCGGUAUUGGGAGCUAUACAAUGAAAUUGGUGGGGGUAACGAGAAGAUUGCAGUGAGCACUUUCAGAAUAGGGCUGCUCGAGGAUUCUGAACUAUGGGAGUCCUUGACGAAAAGGCCUCUCGAGGAUAUGAGACAACUUAUGAGGCGUAUUGAGGAGUAUAAAUGCCUUGAGGAUGAUCGGCUAUAG